UAUUAGCUUUGUACAUGCAAUCGAUUAAUAACUGUAAUCCUGUGUCACCUUGGCACGGCUGUGUUUAUUUUGUUUUGGAAUCAGACCAGAAUUUUAUAGAAAUUUAGAUUCAUAAUUUAUUAAUUAUGUCACUCCCAAGACAUUUACAACUGACCCUCAAGUCUCACGCUGAAAAAGUUUGCAGUUUAUAUAAAAGAGCUCUAAGGAACGAAUGGAGUAAAUACGAUGAAAGCUGGGAAUAUCGCUAUCAUGCUGUUCUAAUGAGAGCGAGAUUUGAUAAACAUAAAGAUGAGAAGGAUUUACGAAAAGCCAAAGCAAUAUUAGAGGCUGCAGAAAAAGAGUUAGAAAAAGAUUUGCAUUAUCAACCAAGAAAAUUUGGUUUUUCACCUGGUGGAAUAAACUAUGGCAGAGAAGUAACACUAUCUGACUGGGUUUUAGAUUACUGGCAUCCCUUAGAAAAAGCCAGGUAUCCUGAAUAUUUUGCUAGAAGGGAACAGAGGAAGCAAGAAUUUAUUGAGCGUUGGGAAAAGAAGUAUGGAAAACCAUUUGAUGAUCAUCAUCAUUGAAAAGUUUUGAUAAUGUAGAGUUGUAUUUAGAUGACCGAUAUUGAAGAAAAGAUUAUCUUGCAGUUACAUAGAUCCUAUGUAUAUUAAAAUUUGUAACGUUCUGUCGGAUUAUGUGAUUAUUUUCUUUUGAAUUUAUAAAAUAAAACCAUGAAUGAAA